CUCAUGGAAACUUGCAUAGGGCUGCAGCGGCUGUGUCGUAUUGCUACUCAGGUUAUGAGGGUCGACGGUAAGUAUCUUCGUACUGCGUACUUCGUGACUGUGCCUCCUACGCCUCAACCCUUUAGUCUCUUCGUUUCCGUACCUCACAUUCGAGAGCUCUGAAAGAAGUUCAGUCGUGUAGCAAUAUAUAAGAGGCUCUGUUCUCUUUGUUUUCGUCCUGUUCUGUCUUCAUUAGCAUCAAACAACCACUCAGCAUCUCGCUCAUUCACCCUCCCGAGCUCCCGUGUCACAACAGGAUCCAGCUUGAAACUUUCACUGCCUCUUUGCAUCAACAUCCACACCUUAUACGGCGAGCUUUUUGGCUUUACUCAAGGUUCUUACCUCAUAUCCUUUGUUCAAAAUGAAACAAGACACGAUUUUGCCGACCCAUGGGCCUCUGCCUAAUAGCCCUCCUGCUCGGCGUUCAGUUGGACGCGUCCUCUUGGUAGCCCUCUUUACCAGCAUCCUGGUCCUAUCCUUCCUCAAGGGCGAGACUAUUUUGUCAGCAAUCACCGAAAAUGCUAAGGGCUGUGAGCUCAAAGCUCAUGGGACAACAAGUACCGCUGCGCUCCGUGUCCGAGAUCUCAGUCCCCUGCAAGAAGACACUGCUAUCUCUACAGAUGGUCGUUCUGGCUACAACCGUCGUGACGAAGAUGCGACUAUUGGCACCGACGGACGUUCCGGAUAUAACCGACGCAUCCGCAGGGAGACGUCAGAUAUCACCACGGACGGUCGUUCUGGGUACAACCGCCGUGAGCAAGAUACCGCUAUUACUACAGAUGGACGAUCUGGAUACAACAAGCGCGAGGAGGCUCUUUACUCUACAACAGAUGGCCGAUCCGGAUACGACCGUCGCGAACAGGCUACUGACGCCACUACUGAUGGAAGGUCAGGAUACAAUAAGCGGGAAGAAGCCUCCGCCGUCACAACUGAUGGCCGCUCGGGGUAUAACCGUCGCGAGGAAACCUCAGACGUCACCACUGAUGGACGUUCUGGUUACAACAAGCGCGAGGACGCCACUGCCAUUGGCACUGAUGGGCGCUCAGGGUACAAUCGCCGAGAGAAUGACGCUUCAGCCACAACUGACGGACGAUCUGGGUACAACAAGCGUGAAGAAGCCCUUGACGCUACAACAGAUGGUCGAUCUGGUUACAACCGUCGUGAGGAGACAGACGGUCGCUCAGGAUACAAUAGUCUGGAGGACGGUCGCUCCGGGUACAACCGUCGCGAAGAGGGCUCGGACGCUACGACGGAUGGACGAUCGGGGUACAACGGUGUAGAAGACAGAGCCUCUGGAGUCGGUCGUCGCGAGGAGGUCGCUGGUGCCUCUCCUGAUGGACGAUCUGGCUACAACAAGCGGGAGGAGACCGAUGGCCGGUCUGGCUACAACAGUGUUGAAGACGGGCGCUCCGGAUAUAACAAGCGUGAGGAAAGCUCUGCUAUUGGUACCGAUGGACGCUCAGGUUACAACAGGCGCGAUGAAGCCUCUGAAAUCACAACCGAUGGACGCUCCGGGUACAAUCGCGCAGUCUGAAUUCGAAGAAAUAUGAUCCCCUGUAAGUAUACUGCGCCUUAGAUCCAGAUUUAGAUACAUCGAGCUCAAGCUCCGCCGUCGAAUAUCCAUAAUAGUUACUUAGAAUUAGACUGGUAACAUAUAUUAUCUUCAGCUUC